AUGAAGAGACAUACGCGACUGGAAGCCCCCGAUGGGGGUUGGGGAGUCUUCGUUUGUAUCGGAAUGGCGCUGCCAUUCAUCAGUGGCUUGGCAGCGCUACCUUCAUUUGGUUUGGUAUUUGGUGAUUUCCUGAAAAACAUUGGCGCCGAAACAAGCGCUGUAGCCGUCAUAACCAGCGCCUUCUUUUGUGCUCUCAGUUUUGCGGGCCUUUUCUCAGGUUCCAUGUUCAAUCGGUUUGGACUUCGUGCUGUCGGAUUGAUGGGUGGCUUUUUGUACUUUUUCGGUUCUCUACUACAGAUAUUUGCACGCUCUACGUGGGAUCUGUUGUUCGCCUUCAGCAUUGUUCAAGGAAUUGGAUUUGGAUUGAUUGUGCCCACAUCGUAUACUACUUUUAACAAUUAUUUCGUAAAAAAGCGAGUCAUGUGGAUGAGCUUUGCGCAGUCCCUCAUUGGCUUGGGCACUAUGUUCUACCCAGUGGUGAUGCAAAAGCUAAUGGAUCUUUAUGGAUUUCGUGGUUGUCUCCUGGUCUUGGCAGCAAUAAAUGCCCACGCAAUUCUUGGGAUGCUGCUGAUGCAGCCGGUGGAAUGGCAUAUGCGCAAGGUAAUCAUAUGCGAGGAACAGCAAUUGACGGUUAUAAAAACGAGUUUACCGACUGUUGAGAAUGAAGUGAAAAUAAUAAAUGCAUUACCGGUUUUAAAAACAACAAGUGCCGCCAGCGAGCAGCAUGCGCGCAAUUGGUGGCAGCUUCUUGUGAAUUUCUUGGAUCUAACAUUGUUGCAGUUGCCAAUUUAUGUUAACAUCGUGUUGGGCAUAUCUUUCGCGCUCUACUCGGAUAUUGCAUUCUUCACAUUGCAACCACUUUAUCUGUUUGAGUUAGGCUUCACCAAGGCAGAUACUGCCAGUAUUAUAGCCAUUGGUGCUGCAGCCGAUUUGAUUUCGCGCAUUUUGUUAGCGUUCUCCGCUGUCUUCAUUCAAAUGCCGUCGCGCUACAUCUACCUGGCGGGUUCGUUCUUUACAAUUAUUGCCCGAUUUGCGUUUAUAAAUGUUUUCAACUUCAGAGAUAUAGCCUGCGCCACGACUGUGAUGGGCUUCUUGCGCACGUGGAUCCAUGUGCCGCUGCCGCUUGUCUUCGCUGAGUAUUUGCCAAACGACAGAUUCGCCACCGGAUACGGCUUGUUUAUGUUCCUACAAGGCAAUAUAACGUUCGCCAUUGGACCUCUGGUGGGAUAUUUGCACGAUCAGACAAGAAAUUACGUUCUCACAUUUCAUUGCCUAAACUUUUUUAUGGCACUUUGUUUUGUACCCUGGGUUCUGGAAUUAGUGUCCGUUAAGUUUCGAAGAAAGAAAACUCUUGGCAGCGGAAAAAAGUAUGUCAUUUCAUUAACAAAUAAAUUCAAUAAGGUACACAGACGUAUGUGGUACACCCAUAUUCUUGCCAGACCUCCGUAUAAAAUGAAUAGGAAUGCAGAGUUAUUUACAUAAUUUGCUAAGUUGAUAAGUAAAAGUGAUUAAUUAAAAAAUAUAAUUAUGGAGAAUGUCCUGAAUGUAAUAAUAUAAA